AUGAAGGUGCUGCUCAUCUUGGCUGCACUGUCUGUGGCCGUUAUCGGCAAGGAGACCUUUGAGGGGCACCAGGUGCUUCGUAUCACUGGGAAGAAUGAGUUCCAGCACUCUCUCCUGAAGGACAUGGCUGAGAUGGAACAUCUCCAGCUGGAUGUGUGGAUGGAGCCCAUUGACCUCUCCACUCCUGUGGACAUCAGAGUUCCCUUCACCAGCCUGCAGACCGUCAAGGCCUUCCUGGAGACUGAAGACAUCCCGUACUCCGUCAUGAUCAAGGACCUACAGGUUAUGUUGGACGAGGAGAAGGAGCAGAGGCUGAGUGCUGCACGUGCCACUGAGCCCAGAACCACAGAUGACUACGACUACACCAACUACCACAACGGGGAUGAGAUCUACAGUUUUCAGGAAAUGCUGGUGGCUGAGAACCCCAAACUGGUCAGCAAGAUCGUGAUUGGUCAGAGCUAUGAGGGCCGCCCUCUGAAUGUGCUCAAAUUUAGCACUGGUGGCACCAACCGUCGUGGCAUCUGGAUUAACACUGGAAUCCACUCCAGAGAAUGGAUCACUCAGGCUAGUGGCACCUGGUUCGCCAAGAAGAUUGUGACUGACUACGGACGUGACGCCGCACUCACUGCCAUUCUGGACAACAUGGAUAUCUUCCUGGAGAUUGUGACCAACCCAGAUGGAUACAACUAUAGCCACAAAACUAACCGUAUGUGGCGUAAGACCAGGAAGCCCAACCCUGGCUCUUCCUGUGAUGGAACUGACCUCAACAGGAACUGGGAUGCUGGUUUUGGAACCGCUGGCUCUAGCGGUAACCCCUGCGAUCAGACUUACCGCGGGCCCAAGGCUCACUCAGAGUCUGAGGUCAAGUCCAUCGUGGACUUUGUCAAGUCUCAUGGCAACCUGAAGGCCUUCAUCGACAUCCACAGCUACUCCCAGAGGCUCAUGUACCCCUACGGCUACACUGCAACCCCUUGCAACGACCAGAGAGAACUGCACGACCUGGCUAGGAAGGCCAUCACUGACCUGGCUAGCCUGUACGGAACCUCCUUCAGAUACGGCAGCGUCAUGACCACCAUAUACCGAGCCAGUGGAAUCAGUAUUGACUGGUCCUACAACCAGGGCAUCAAGUACUCCUACACCUUCGAGCUGAGAGACACCGGUCGCUAUGGUUUCAUCCUGCCAGCCAAUCAGAUCAUCCCUACUGCCAAGGAGGCUUGGCUGGCUCUGAUGGCCAUCAUGGAGCACACCAAGGACAACACCAACUAG